AUGGCUUGGAGAAUUAUGUCAGAUAAUUGGUACUCAGUCAUAGUGAAUGGCUCAAGGCAUGGUUUCUUCCAUUCUACUAGGGGUCUUAAACAGGGUGACCCAUUUUCCCCUGCCUUAUUCAUCUUUGGUGCUGAAGGGCUCUAUAGACUCAUGAAUAAGCUUCAUCAAAAACAGACCCUGCAGCUCAACAUGGAGACUUUAGGUGCUUAUGAUAAGGUCUCUGGACAAUUGAUCAACAAGCAUAAAAGCCAUUUCAUGGUCCCUUCCAAUGCCUUCCAUUAUAUUGUAAAGAGGAUCAAGAGUAUUACUGGUUUCAACCAAAAAAAUAGCCCCAUAACUUACCUGGGAUGUCCUAUCUAUAUUGGUAGGCAAAGGGUUAUCUACUACUCAGAGCUUAUUGCAAAGGUUGUUAACAAGAUCACUGCAUGGCAUGCAAAGAUUUUGAGCUAUGGAGGAAGAGCUAUACUUGUCAAGCAUGUCUUACAAGCCAUGUCAAUACACCUUCUUUCAGCUAGUACCCCUCCCUCUACAACCAUCAAACAAAUUUAG